AUGCUUGAAUUUGCAUUUUCUGGAGUUACAACAAUAGAAUCAGUUUAUCUAGGUCCUGAUUUCAGUGUUUUCAAAAAUUUAGGUUUCUUUGAUUCUCCUCAUAUUUCAAUUACAAUAGAUGGAGGAAAUACUCAUGGAUUUGAAAGAAAAGAUGAUAUUCUUUAUCAAAAUAAUAAUAAUAUUAAUAAGCUUGUUUAUUACUUCCCAUCAAAUCCAAGAACAUCAUUCACAAUUCCAGAUGAUGUAUAA